GAAUGUUGGAGGAGUUCCAAGACCUGCAGCCUUGCUGUAUGCAGGUGGACAAAGAAAGUUGCGGCUCGGUGUUUCCUCGGUUCAUUGGGGGUUGGCAGUUCGCGCCUUCUAACCACCACCGCAUCCAAAACAUAGCUCCCAGGCGUGAAGCAGACUUGAAACCGCCACUGAGCUGGUCUUUCCCAGAAGCACUGACAAAUCUGAUAUUGGGAAUAUAUCCUCAGGGGUCCCAUUUUUUUGCAUAUGGCCUUCACGCGAUCACAUCGUGCAUUGUUAAAGUCCCGUUGAGCCCAUCCUUCCCGUUGGACUAGACUUGCCAGUCACCUAGACAUCAGAGACUCCUUAAGCCGAGCAAACCUCAGACAGAAACACAUUAAAGAUAUUCAAUUAUCCAAGGCAUAGGUUUCUUCCCUACAACAUGUUUAACCAGCAGUGGGGUAACAGAAAACGCGGAAGGGAAGGAGAGGAUGAAGGAGAGAAUAAUCCAGCGGGCUUCAGCGAGCACAGAUCUGUAAUUCUCUCAGCACUAUGAACAAUCCACAAACUUGUCAAACUUACGCGUAAUAGAAACGUCGAACUGAGACUCUUCCUCACCGCCAAUCUCCAAGCCUUGCCCAACCUGUAUCCCCGCCUUUUAUCUACAAUACCAACUAUACUUCUGAUCCAGCUGUGCCUCCCACUAUUACACCAGCAGAUUCUGAUGCAGAAGACAAGCCUCCUUCAGAUGAACCAAGAUCCUUCUUCUCGCCAUUCUCCUCCUCCUCUCCAACAUACACCAUAACGCAGAGCAAUCAGGGCUCACCAUUUACCUCUCAGGGCUCCAGCCAACUAUCUGAUGUUGCCAUGUAUUCUGAUGACUACGAAAUGUCAGACUCAGUUCAUCUCUCCCCAGGUCCAUUCCAUUCCGAUCCAUCCCGCAGCAUCUCGGGUCGUAUUCCAACUCCAAUUCACAGUUCCUUUGCGCCAUAUAUCCGUGCUGAGAAGGCCUCGCUCAACCAAGAUGUCGAGUUCGCAGACGACGAGGCUGUAGUUGACAGAAUCCGGCGAGGCAGGCGCUUGCCGAGUCCCAUUAGUGAGGGCGAGAUGAGUCCGAGUAUCAUAUUGGGGUCACUGAGCGAAAUGCAAAUGGAGGUGGAUACCUCGUCGCAGCCAGACAAGGAGACACCAACUAAAAAAGGGCACCAACGCUCAAAGCACAGCCUCAGAAAUUGGACUGGGUUCAACGGAGAACUAGCUGGGGGUUCAGGAAUGAAAAAGAGCUUCAGCAUGGGAUAUCGUGCGGAUUGUGAGAAGUGUCGAAUGAAGGUCCCAGGCCAUUUCAGCCACAUUAUUACGUACUAAUGGUUCUAUCGGAGGUUUUGUAACAGGUUUCGCGUCCCUGUUUGGAUUUGAGUCGGUACGCGUUUUUAGCAAGCAUGGCGUUGAGGAAAAGUGGUAAUGUCGUAAUGUCACGAAUAAUGUAAUUCUCGGGGAAAGCUCAUGAAUAUAAUAUUUUC